GUCUGCGCGGAAUCCUGUGACGUGGCACGUUGUCGCACUUCCGUUUCAAAAUGGCGCCCCCCACACCUCAUUUAGCAGUCAGAGGAUCAGAUGGCACGUUUCUGUUGUGUGGACCUCCGAGCUGUCAGGAAAGCUCUGCUUUUCAGAGAGACGAACGGCAAGGCAAAUACAUGACGUUCAGCAGCGACGGGUCCCUGUUUGGUUGGUGCAAUGGCUCACAGGUCAGUGUGAUCCAAGUUUCCACUGGAGAUUUGGUGAAGUCUUUUGAUUUACCCAAAACCACCGCACUGGAAUUCUCACCUCUCAAUAAAGUUCUGGCCACCUGGCAGCAAUAUACCAAAACGCAGGAUAACCCUCAGGGAGAGGCAAACCUGCAGCUGCUGGACUUGCAGACUGGUGCCUGCAUUAAAGCAUUCUAUCAGAAGAAGGUUACGGGAUGGUGUCCGAGCUGGGCAGAUGAUGAAAGUAUUACUGUUAGAAAUGUCAAUAAUGAACUUCACUUCUUUGAGAACAACAACUUUGAAACUAUCGCCAACAAGCUUCACCUUCAGAAGGUGUCUGAGUUUGCUUUGUCUCCUGGAUCACAGCCGAGCAAGAUUGCCGUUUAUGUUCCUGGAAGCAAAGGAGCUCCGUCUUUUGUACGGCUGUAUCAGUAUCCCAAUUUCGGAGGUCCAACAUCUGCUCUGGCAAACAAAAGCUUUUUCAAAGCCGAUAAAGUAUCCAUGCUGUGGAACAAAAAGGCCACUGCGGUUCUAGUGACCGCCAGCACAGAGGUUGAUAAAACAGGAGCCUCUUACUAUGGAGAACAGACGUUACAUUAUGUCGCCACCAAUGGAGAAAGUGCAGUAGUUCAGCUACGUAAGUACGACUCCGUCUUUUUGAAUAAUGAUCCAUCAAUAAUUGAAUUAUUAAUAAAAAAAUUAUUACAGUGA